UGCUGGAGAUUGGUCCCGUGUGGCGGUGGUGGUUCGGUCGGAGAGUGAGUGCAUGGGCCAGAGUCAAGGUUAUCUCGUUCAUUUGGGAGUUGUUCCACUACUUUCUUCUUCUCUCAAGCAGCAGCAGUGCACACGUUGGACUUUGUCGAUAUCUCGAAGAGCUUUCCAAAAACACUCUUUUGCAGCUUUCAAACCCCGGACAAUAGCGACAAUGCCGAUCAAGUCGAUUAAAGCUCGUCAAAUCUUUGACUCCAGGGGCAACCCGACCGUGGAGGUGGACCUGGUCACGGACAAAGGUCUCUUCAGAGCGGCUGUCCCCUCAGGGGCGUCAACCGGAAUUUAUGAGGCUCUCGAGCUCAGGGAUAACGAUAAGGCCAACUAUCAUGGGAAGGGUGUGUCCAAGGCGGUGGACAACAUUAACAACUCCAUUGCCCCAGCAUUGUUGGGACAGAACUUUGAUAUCACGAAACAACGAGAUAUUGACGACUUCAUGUUGAAGUUGGAUGGGACCGAGAACAAGGACAAGUUGGGGGCUAAUGCCAUUUUGGGUGUGUCGAUGGCAGUGUGCCGAGCCGGAGCGGCUGAGAAGGGAGUUCCCUUGUACAAGUACAUUUCCGAACUGGCCGGAACCACAAUUAUUCUUCCAGUCCCAGCCUUCAACGUUAUCAAUGGAGGUUCUCAUGCUGGAAAUAAGUUAGCCAUGCAGGAGUUCAUGAUUCUUCCAACUGGUGCCUCCAAUUUUACCGAGGCGAUGAAAAUGGGCUCCGAGGUGUAUCAUCACUUGAAAAAUGUCAUAAAGGGUCGUUUUGGACUUGACGCUACCUCCGUGGGCGACGAGGGUGGCUUUGCUCCUAACAUUUUGAACAACAAGGAUGCUUUGGUGUUGAUUCAGGAAGCCAUUUCCAAGGCUGGCUACACUGGUAAGAUUGAAAUUGGAAUGGAUGUCGCCGCAUCCGAAUUUUUCAACAAAGAUAAGAAGUACGACUUGGACUUUAAGAACCCCAAUUCUGACGCCAGCCAGUGGUUGAGUGGAGAACUGCUUCGCAACAUGUACCUCGAGUGGGUCAAAGAAUUUCCAAUUGUUUCAAUUGAAGAUCCUUUUGAUCAAGAUGAUUGGGAGGCCUGGACUGCUAUUACAGGCAGCACUCCUAUCCAAAUUGUUGGUGAUGAUUUGACAGUUACAAACCCCAAACGAAUUGCUACUGCCGUAGAGAAGAAAGCGUGCAACUGUCUGUUGCUCAAAGUCAACCAGAUCGGGUCUGUGUCCGAAGCUAUUGAUGCUAAUUUGCUUGCCAAGAAGAACGGAUGGGGAACCAUGGUGUCUCAUCGCUCAGGAGAAACUGAAGAUACGUUCAUUGCCGAUCUUGUCGUUGGUCUUGGAACUGGACAAAUCAAAACUGGAGCUCCUUGCCGUUCCGAGCGACUUGCCAAGUAUAACCAGAUUCUCCGUAUCGAGGAGGAAAUGGGUGCUUCCGCAAAAUAUGCAGGGAAGAAUUUCCGCAAUCCAGCCUAAAAAUUAACUUGUGUGUUUGAUGAGUGAUGUCGAAUGAUUGUUUGUAGAGCAGAAAAAAUGAGAGGAAAAUUAUUGUUCAGUAAGCAAAACUAUAUUGUGGUAGUCGAUAAAUAAAACUUGAUGUCGAUAUCGAUGUCGAUUCUGAUGUGAGAUUA